AGCAGAGAAGGCGCUUUAAGGACAAUUAAGCAACACCCGGCGGAUGCACGACAAAAGACGAGUAGGGAUGGACCUCUUUUUUCUCUCUUUAACGUUCUCAUGUUCUCCGUUUAUUAUUUUUUGACUUUUUUUUUUUUUUUUUGGCUUCACCACCUGUAGCUGAGUGAGGAUAUUCCUUUGCGAUAUAUAAAAUCCAAAAAAAAAACCAUCGUUGCGUAAAAGGAGAAAGGGGCUAAGCAUGGCGAGGAAGGAAUUUGUACUCACAUAGCAGACAAGCCGUCUGUCGGGGAGCUCGCCAUUUCUCUCUCGUCGGUCAUAUUCCUGUGGAGGAAGAAGAGGAAGAGGCGGCCAUGGGCAAGGAGGAGUGUAAAACUAUGCUCGACGCGCUGAACAAAGUGACGGCCUGCUACCGGCACCUGGUCGUGGCGCUGGGCAGCACUUCGGACUCGCAGAACUUGCGGGAGGAGCUGAAGAGGACCCGCAAGAAGGCGCAGGAGCUGGCCGCGGCCAACCGGACUAAGCUCACCUCCCUGCUGAAGGACAAGAGCCUCAGCAAGGAGGACCGCGCCGAGUACGAGCGCCUGUGGGUGCUCUUCUCCAGCAGCAUGGACCUGCUGGAGGUGGACAUGAAGCGCUCCCUGGAGAUAGGCCAGGACUUCCCGCUCAAAGUGCCCACGCGGCACCUCAUCCAGACGGGCAUGACGGGCAGCACCGGCACGGUGGCGGCGCGCGCCAUGAGCGUGCAGAACAUGAAGUACGAGGCCGACAGCAACAUCGACACCGCCGACCUGCGCGACUUACAGGCGGAGAUCUGCCAGGUCAGCCAGAUGAUGGAGGAGAUGGAGAUGAAGGUGCAGGUGGCGCCGUGGGCCGUGGAAGCCAAGCAGGAGGCGGGCGCCGAGCUCAAGUCCAACAUGAGUGUGGGAAAUUCCUCCGUGGGCGUCAUCUCCAUCUGCGAGGAGGAACCCAAGGAUGAGGACGGGGGAGGUGGCAGGGACGCCGGCUUUGCGUCCAUCUGCGCCGUGGUGGUGUUCUUUGUCAUUGUCACCGUGGCCGUGGUCCUGGGAUAUCUGGUCAUCAACAUGUCCUGAAAGAGUGGUAGGGUAGGUUACGUGAUCAGUGCUUCAAUGGUUCUCUCACACUCUCCAAGUACCACCAUAACGACCAGCAUUAAAGUAUGGUAGCGUAGUACGCCUAAGUAUUCAUUAAACACAAGGCGGAGGUUUUUAUUUAACAAGUAUAUGUUUGACCACUGUAACGUUACACACAGUUUGAACAGUAACACUGUGUUUGAAUGUAGGUAAAUAAAACACUGUACUUUAACCAAGUGAUUGUUUGACAUACCACUAGAACAGGGGUGUCAAACUCAUUUUAGAUCGGGGGGCCACAUGGGAGAAAAAUCUACUCCCAAGUGGGCCGGACUGGUAAAAUCACGGCAGGAUAACUUAAAAAUAACUUCAGAUUGUUUAAAAAUAGAACAAGCACAUUUUGAAAAUGUACAAAUCAUAAUGUUGUUAUUGUUUUUUUUUUUACACAUACAUGUUGCAGUUAAUAAUUUAUUUGUUAUUAUUUAUAUUAUGCGAUAAUGUUCAUCAGUCAACUCAUUGGUGUUCAUUUUCAAUCUAUCAAGAUUAUAUCAAAAUCAAAUUACAGGAUGUUAUUUACGUAGUUUGAUAAUUUUCCUCGACUGAUGCACUAACAUGUGGUUUAUUUUGUACAUAUGUAGCAUCAUCGACAAAGAUACAAAUAGUUUCUAUUGCGACAUCCAGUGGACACAUUUAGAACAGCAGUUUCUUUCAUUCAUAAAUUUCAGGUUAAUUUUUAUACUGAGCAAAUUCAUCCCGCGGGCCGGAUAAAACCUGUUCGCGGGCCUGAUCCGGCCCUCGGGCCGUACGUUUGACACCCCUGCACUAGAUGGAGCCGUACCACAGUUUGAGAAUCAAAAACUGCUCAAACUGGCUCACGCGCCCGCUUUCUGUUUACAUUUCAAUUGCAAAAGUGCACAAACAUUACAUUAAUCAGUAUUACUGUUUAUUAUGGCCACACUGAAAAGAAAAGUACUGGAGAUCGAUACAAAUAACAUUUUUGUAUUAUUAUGAAGAAAAAAACGAUGUGAGAAUAAGGUUGUAUUAAAGUCCCAACGAUAGUCACACACACUAGGUGUGGUGAAAUUACCCUCUGAAUUUGACCCAUCCCCUUGUUCCACGCCCUGGGAGGCGAGGGGAGCAGUGAGCAGCAGCGGUGGCCGCACUCAGGAAUCAUUUUGGUGAUUUAACCCCCAAUUCAAACACUUGAUGCUGAGUGCCAAGCAGGGAGGUAAUGGGUCCCAUUUUUAUAGUCUUUGGUAUGACUCUGCCGGGGUUUGAACUCACGACCUACCGAUCCCAGGGCGGACACUCUAACCACAAGGCCACUGAGCAACAUAAUAAAAUAAUAAAAGGUUGCGAGAAAAAACUUUAGAGUAGGAUAGAAGUCUUAUAAUGUUAUAAGUAGGGAUGUCCGAUAAUGGCUUUUUGCCGAUAUCCGAUAUUGUCCAACUCUUUAAUUACCGAUACCGAUAUCAACCGAUACCGAUAUAUACAGUCGUGGAAUUAACACAUUAUUAUGCCUAAUUUGGACAACCAGGUAUGGUGAAGAUAAGGUACUUUAAAAAAAAAUUUAUAAAAUAAAAUAAGAUAAAUAAAUAAAUAAAAAAUUAUUGAAUAAAAAAGAAAGUAAAACAAUAUAAAAACAGUUACAUAGAAACUAGUAAUUAAUGAAAAUGAGUAAAAUUAACUGUUAAAGGUUAGUACUAUUAGUGGACCAGCAGCACGCACAAUCAUGUGUGCUUACGGAUUGUAUCCCUUGCAGACUGUAUUGAUAUAUAUUGAUAUAUAAUGCAGGAACCAGAAUAUUAUUAACAGAAAGAAACAACCCUUUUUUGUGAAUGAGUGUAAAUGGGGGAGGGAGUCUUUUUGGGUUGGUGCACUAAUUGUAAGUGUAUCUUGUGUUUUUUAUGUUGAUUUAAUAAAAAAUAAAAAAAAGAUACCGAUAAUAAAAAAACGAUACCGAUAAUUUCCGAUAUUACAUUUUUAAAGCAUUUA